UGACACUUGACAGCCAUUUGUUUUUAGCUUUUGCAAAUUGCAUCUUCCAAAUACGCGGUACAUGUAUAAAUCGAAUUUUGUAUUAAAUACUAUUUCAAAAUGCUCUUUUAUUCUUUCUUUAAAUCGUUAGUUGGCAAAGACGUGGUUGUGGAGCUGAAAAAUAACCUAAGCAUUUGCGGUACGCUUCAUUCGGUGGAUCAAUACUUGAAUAUAAAACUGUCGGACAUAAGCGUCAUUGAUCCGGAUAAAUAUCCACACAUGUUAUCAGUGAAAAACUGUUUUAUUCGCGGCUCAGUGGUACGCUACGUGCAGUUACCGGCGGAUGAGGUCGACACGCAACUGCUGCAAGACGCCGCAAGGAAAGAAGCUACUGUUUCAACAAGAUGAACACAACCUGUGAAUUUGAAUCAAUACUGUGGAAGCUGUAAAUAUUUUGUAAGGAUAAACGUAAAAUAAAUUUGUAUUUAAUAA